GAAGAAGAAACCCAAACCCUCCAUCAGAAACCUAAACAAACCUUCGUUCCCAGCGUUUAAACAUGUAAAACGCUUCUUUCCGGCACCACGUCUGGAUUGGCACUGCAUCCAAAAGAGAGAUUAUGAUUUCAGUCAGCUACAUUCUGCUGUGCGGACAGCUGCUGCUGCUGCUCACCGUGAUGCUGCUGCAGUGUCUGGAAGGGAUUCACUCCCAGAACUCGUCCACGGCCGAAACCCUCGCAGCCGUGUCCGUGUCCCCCGGCCCGGCGGCCACGGCGCUGCCCUCCACGGUGCUCCCCUCCGGGGAGGAGGAGGAGGACCUGCCGGCCGGCCCCAACAACACGGAGCCCUACGAGUACAGGCCGCCCAACCCCGUGGUGCUCUGCAGCUACCUACCUGAGGAGUUCAUCUACUGCCAAGACCCAGUGGAUCACGCUGGCAACUACAGUGCCUUACACGAGCUGGGCCACGGAUGUGCCGGGUGGGGUGGUCAGACAAAAAAAGAGGUGAACUACACCCGGGUUAUCUGCACUGCGCUGGAUGAUAUAGAAUGCGCCGGACCCAGAGAAUUCCUGAGAGGCGAUGUUCCCUGCAUCAAAUACACUGGACACUACUUCAUCACCACACUGCUCUACUCCUUUUUCCUGGGAUGCUUUGGGGUUGAUCGUUUCUGCCUGGGCCACACCGGAACUGCAGUGGGGAAGCUGCUCACGCUGGGAGGCCUGGGAAUCUGGUGGUUUGUGGAUUUGAUCCUGCUCAUCACCGGUGGCUUGAUGCCCAGCGACUACAGCAACUGGUGCACCUACUACUGAGACUCAGACCAAAGCGUGACCCAGGAUUCUCCCUGCAUUUGUGCUCGAUGCCCAUCAGCUUCAUGUGGAGGACUCAGAUGUGAGUUUUUAACACGGUGUCUGGAGCCUUUACCACCUGGACUCCAGCAAAAGGUGGGGUACAGUGUGAAGAGGUGACCACACAGCGAGACAAACGAUCAGUCCCCAGAAACGUCCUGUAGGCACCCUGCUUCCUGCCCAGUGCCAGCUUAGAUAGAAUAAAAUCCUGCCUUUCUAAUAAAAUAUAUUUUUAGCAACACAGCAACAGUGGCAGCGUUUCCAUGGUUACAGUCCUUCAUAUUCCCAGCUUCUUUUUAUGCUACAUAUUUUGUUUUCGGUGGGAGAAAAAAAUAAAUAAAUCGAAGUCUGACAGUUUCAGUCACAACAUAUUGAUUGGACUGUUGUUGUGAAUGUCGUCCUGCAUCUUGAAUGUAAUUUUACUUCAGAUUGAUGGGCAGUCAUAAAUGUGAUGACGACUCUUUUUCUUUCACACCAAAUGCAACUGCAGAGAAUUAAUUUGCAAGAGAGUUGGGUUUCAAGGCUUGAGUUUAAAAAUAAUCCUGUUCUUGAAGAAGACAAUUAUCUAAAAAUCAACAAAUUAAACAAACACAGCCUCAAAUGAGGCCAAAACAAGACACGGCACAUUUUUAUGUGCUGUUUUGUUUAAUUUAACCAAAACUAAUACAAACUGCCAGAUGGAUAUGUGAAAAAACCAAGUACACCCUGUGAGUUUAGUAGUAUUUUCUUUCCGUAAGUUAUCAGUUUCUCACGUUGUGAAAGGAAUUUCAGCCCCGUCUUCUCCACAUCGUGGCUUCAGUUCAUUGAUCCUGGCAGUCAUGAACUUCUGCACAGCUGUUUUAAGAUGUUGUCAGCAUUUCCAU